UUACUCCUUUCGCACAUAUGUGAAAUGAUUUAUCGCGAAUCACACUUACUACACUAAUUAUAAAUUUAUUUCCGAUUUACCCAAAUCGACCUGCUGACGUUCAGGGAUCCCUGAAACUCUUCAAAACUUUCAGAUUUGUCACGAAAUGGGCAGAAUUCCCCUCCCUGGUCAUUUAUCUACAUAAUAUGCAUCAUUUAAACUAAACCACUCUUUUCUGGUAUAAAAGGUCAAUCAAAAAGGUUCGGUAGUUCAGAAGUUAUUAAUUAAUUGAAUAAAUAACAAACAUCCAAAUAUGGCUAAAAAAAUUAUUACUUUUAUCGCUCUGUUUGCAUCAGUCGGUUCUCUUCCUAAAGAUUUAUUUAUGCCAGAUGAGUUUGUUGAAAACAAUCUAAUUUUUAAUGAUCCAGUUGAGAAUCAUGUGUUUUAUCAACAUAAUCAUCAACAUCAGAACGAUCCAGUGGAAAUAUCCAGAACUUUGAUGCUCAGUCAUGUGAUCUUUAGGCAUGGAAACAGAACUCCAAACAGUUUUCAAGAAUUGUACCCUAACGAUCCCUACCUAAAUGAGACUUACUACCCUUACGGACUAGGGCAAUUAACAAAUGCCGGAAAACUGCGCGAAUUCAGCAUCGGCACGUCACUACGCAGGCGCUACAAGUACUUCCUUAACGACCUGUUUCUACCGGAAGAAGUGGAGGCUGUAUCAACAGACUACAACAGGACCAAGGCCUCCCUAGAGCUCGCUUUGGCAGGACUGUUUCCUCCCAAGGGCGAACUGGUCUGGAAUAAAGCGUUGAUGUGGCAACCUGUACCUUAUAACUACGUUCCAAGGAAUAGGGAUAAGGUACUAAUGGGCGUGGAGUGUCCUACGUAUUUGCGGAUGUACGAGGAGGUCAAGGGGUCAUGGGAGAUGCAAAUUGAGUACAAGAAGUUCCGGAAGGUUUUCAGUUAUAUUUCCAGGAAUAGCGGUUUGAACGUAACAAGUUUCCAAGAGAUCUACAAUCUCUACUUCGGCCUAUCUACCGAACAAGAAAACGGACUUUUCCUUCCUCCUUGGACCCAAAAAGUGUGGCCACGACUAAUAAUCGAUCUGGCCAUAAGAGAAUAUUCGGUCAUGAUGGCCAAUGAUGAUUUAAGGAAAAUGGCCAGCGGCUAUUUAUUGAAGAAAAUCCUCAGUGAUACUGCGAAGAAGAUUUCCGAUCGGAACAGUAAGAGGAAAAUUCACUUUUAUUCUGCACACGAGAAUAACGUCGCUCAGUUGCUGAUUUUAUUGGACGUAUUUUGGCCCCAUAUUCCUAAUUAUGGGGCGCACGUUAUCUUGGAGGUGCAUAGGAUUAAUGGAGAAAUUGGAAUUAAGGUUUUCUAUCAAAACUACGAAACGGAUUUUCCUCAACUGCUAAAAAUUCCAGAAUGCGAAGAGUUUUGUCCACUUGACCAGUUCAUUAGGCUCUUCUCAAAAUACGUUCCUGAUGAUGGACUUUGCGGUUAUUAAAGUUAUUUAUUUAUUGUUUUAUCUGUGAUUUUUGGAUUUUUAUUUAUUUAUUUAUUUUCUUGCCAUUUUUUUUUCUAUUUAUAUAAGUAGCAUGAAACCAGCAUUUUCUGUAGAACAUUUAUGAGACCAUUAAAGUGCCAAUUUAUUAAUAAUUUGAGUUUUUUUUCACACCCAAGGAAAAAUAAUUUAAACUUUCCUAAAAUUCUCCACACGUUGGCAACGUCGCGUUACAUCAAUCAUGCCCUACCGGAUUUUUGCUUGAGUCGAUGUCAAUGAUUAAAAGCGACGUUGCCGUCUGUAAUCAAAGGGUUCAACUGCCUGGAAGUAGUGAUUAACUAGUUUAAAUUAAUGAAGAACAAAGAAAUAUGCUUUUUCAAUCAGUCAGUUAGUUCAAAUCAUGAUUCAUUUUUUCCAGGCAAUUGAAGUCAGUUCAA